AGGAAGCAGCUGGAGGAGCUGGAAGAAGCCCACAUGCUGAGAGGGCAGCUCACCGCCGCGCAGCAGCUUGCCCUGCUUUCCAGCUAUGAAGACUUGGCCCCGGCCCUGGAGGGAGCCUUUUUCGUGCAGGAGUGCGUAUUCGAGCAGCUUGAAGUCAAGCAGGGCGUCUUUCAGGAAAUCGAACGUUUUGUGGGUAAAGAAGUGAUCCUGAGCAGCUCCACCUCCUGCCUGGUACCGAGCAGCGUCUUUUCUAAAGUACAGGAAAGAAGCCGCUGCCUUGUGUCCCAUCCGGUAAACCCACCUUACUAUGUAAGACUGGUCGAGCUGGUGCCCCACCCAGAGGCCAAGCCAGCCGUUAUGGACGCCGCCCAUUCUUUGAUGACCAAGGUCGGCCAGGCACCGGUCCUUCUGAAGAAAGAGAUAGAUGGCUUUGCUCUCAACAGAGUUCAAGCUGCUAUUAUUGCUGAGUCAUGGAGGCUGGUUCAGGAUGGUGUUAUAUCAGUGAAGGAUAUCGACCUGGUGAUGUCAGAGGGACUGGGAAUGCGUUACGCCUUUAUAGGUCCCAUGGAAACGAUGCAUCUGAACGCCCCUGAAGGUUUGGAAGACUACAUGAGACGAUACGGGGAGGGGAUAACCAGGGUCCUGAAUUCCUUCGGGCCGGUACCCGACUUCUUCGGGGAGCCAGCCAAGGCCAUCAUCAAGGAGAUGUGUGAGCUGAUUCCCAGUGACCAGCAGCAUCUUUCUGGCAGGAAGGAGAGGAGGGACAUGCUCCUCAUGCAUCUGUCCAAACUGAAGACCGACCACUGAGCUUCAAACGCCCAGGCCAGAGCUAAGGCCACCCAAGGCAGAUGGUCAAGAUGAAAUUCCUGAGAAGCUCUGGAAUCUUAAAAAAAAAAAAAAAUGAAACUAAAAUAAUAAGAUAUCUGAGCAUUUUAAAUAAUUUACUCCAGUCAUUCAUGGAAAUAAUCAUUUUCUUCACAAUAAGAAUCAGGGAUUUUUUUUCUGUUUUCUCAAAUCUGCUUUAUAUUUUUUUUAACCUGUGUGGCAAACAAAUCUCACUUGUUAUGACUUGUCCUACUACAUGUGAAGAAAAAUCAGAUGCUGAGAAAAAUUUUUUUGAUUA